AUGACAUGGGAAGAAAUGUCACAAGACAAACCAAACCCACCUGAUUUUGGACACUCCAGAGAUGAGGAAGAUCAGCUGGAGAAGGCCACAGCUGCACUCCAGAGCGAUGAUUCCAAGCGCAUUUCAAUUUUUUGCUCUGCGUGUCAACAAACAGUAUAUCCGUACCACCUUCUUUAUCAUAAAAAAGCCCACAAAGCCCUAACUUUGCUGGGCUUUGAUAGCCCACAAACAAAGAUUGACAACAAAACACUCUUAGCUCAGAGACAGACGCUAAUUUCAAAAUUGACCAAGAUUCCUAAAUAUUCUGAAAUACACAGGCAGAAGAUUGAUUAUUCAUUUGAACUCCUUACGGAUAAUAACACUCCUACGCCAUAUUGUGAUCUUGCUAAUAUUAACAAUCCUAGUACUUUUAAGAAAGUAAAUAAUCCUUUAAUAAAAGCAUUAUCGAUUUGCCAAGAUAAAAAUUCCAUGUGGCAGGCAGACAUGGAAGACAGAUUUAUUGUGCUCGACAACUAUGGAAAUAGGGCAGAUACGUGUUUUCUGGGGUUAAUUGAUGGCUCUCGUGGUGCGACAGCUGCAGAAACAGUUGCGGCAGAGCUUCCGCUUCUAUUUCUUGACCAGCUUGCUCAAACGGAUUCCUCCUACAAGAAGAGUAAGGAUGAAGAGCGAAUUCUAGAUUCUUUUGCCACAGUAAUCAAGGCAGAUUACAGGGAAAAAGAGAGGAUUUUCUCCGAUAAACCAGGCAAUGCCAAGACUGACAGGACCAACACUUGCGAACGGAUUCACAAAGCGUAUGCCAAGUCCUUUUGGAGAAUGGACAGACUUUUACGACUAGGAAGGAAUGAGGUUUCUAAAGUUCGCUGGAGUGGCUGUUCAGCAGUUACCUGUUUGGUAGAAAGAAUCCCCAGCGAAGAGAUAGACGGCACUGAGGAAGGAGAAAAACAUUCUGAAAACAGAGUCUCCAGCGAAGAGACAGACAGCACUGACAAAGGAGAAGAAAAACAUUCUGAAAACAACACACACAGUCCAUUAACCAAGACAGCCAAAGGUGCUGUGGGGUUACUGCACAUUGCUAACAUAGGUAAUGCACAUGCAGUCUUAUGUAAAAACGGAAAGAGUCACUGCCUCUCAAAAGAGCACAGCACUUCUAAUGUAAGCGAGAGAAAACGCAUACUUCAGAAUGGUGGAAACAUCAGCACUAACGAACCAGACGGAUUAGUAGAGGGCUACCUGAGAACUACAAGGGGUCUUGGACAUCACGGAGAUCCCGUACUGAAAAGAUCUGUUAUACCUGUACCUCACACCAUAUCCGUCCCUAUUGAUGAUACAUGUCAGUUUCUUAUUUUAGCUUCUAAUGGGCUUUGGGAGGUUUUAGAUUACAAUGAAGUCCUUACAUUAACUCUAACAACAUUCACUCAUUAUUUGAGAAGGUAUGAAUGCAUUCAACAAAACGGAACUUCUCCAUUGAAGUGUCAGUAUUCAAUGCCUCUCACUGAAGACAACUUAAAUGACGCAAAGGCUAUUACAGAUCUGCAAGAUGGAAUAGAGAUACUGUAUUCCAGUAAAGACAUUUUUCUCACUGACUCAAAAGGCAACCUGAAACAAAAUAAGCCAAAAUGUUCUAUGGGGAACUAUUCACAAAAUGAAGAUGGAGUUCCUAAGGAAAUCGAUGACCACAAAAAUCAAGCUGAUCCAGAACUGUCUCUUUUCAGUAACAAUGAAGUAAGUUCACAGAAUAGAGAGAUAAACCAGUCCGAUUCUAGCACACAAGGUGGCUCUGAAGAACCAGAACAAUUUGAGGACAGGAAAGUUUAUCUAUCUAACGGGUUUCAGCCACAGACUGCAGUGCAAGAAGAAACAGACAGUGACACUUCCGGUGCAACAGGUCCAACUUGCACCCAGAAACAGCCGCAAAAGGAUGUACUGGCAAUGGGGUCUAAAGCCACAAAACAGCCCCCAAAAGACAUAAAAGCAUGCUUAUCUAAUUGUGACUCAGAUCCACAACUGGCAGAAAAAAUGGACUCCAAGAUACAUUGUGACAAACUUGCAAGUUACGUUGGUCAAGAACUGCUAAAGAGUCCGUCACCAGUAGGUUCUAAACGACCACAGUUUGAAGAAGACACAAAAACAUACUUGUCCAGUUGCGAAUCACAAUCUGCAGGAAGAGGCAGAGUCACCUCUGAGACACUCUAUGACAACGCAGCAAGCUACAUUAGUGAACAACUGGUAAAGAUUGCACUAGCAGCAGGUUCAAGAGAUAAUAUUACUGUUUUGAUUGUACUUCUAAAUGGAUGCGAUAAAAUACCCAAUUACCUCAACAUUUAA